AUGGAGCAAAUGGCAGGCCCCCGGCCGCCUGAUGUGAGCAUCGGCUACCGACUCUUGGUUGGCACGACUGUCACCUUCGUGUGUGCAUUCAUUGUGGUGUCUUUGCGGGGUGUGGCUCGCAGUUUGUAUGCCCGCAUGAGCUGGGAUGACUAUCUUACGAUAUUUGCCCUGGUUCAAGCCCUAAUAGCGACUAUCUUUGAUUGCAUCGCCGUCGACAAAGGCCUAGGAUGCCACCUAAUCUACAUCCCCAAAAAUGACGCCGUCACCGCCAUGUACUAUGAUCUGCUUUCCCAGGUCUUUUGCAUCAAUGCCCUGAGCUUUGCUAAAAUAUCCAUAUGUCUAUCCUACCUGCGUAUCCUAAAGGGGUCGCGCCAUACCGUGCUGCGAGUAAUAUGCUACCUGACUGCAUUUCUGGUGUUCGUGGUCAAUACUGUGGUGACCAUCUCGUUUGCUGGCCUGAUGGGCCUCGGUGUCAUAACGGGCGUCUUCGCUACAAUUCGCACCAUUGAAUCCGGUCUGGGUCUCAAAAACGGCAUCAGCGAUGCUUCCUACACAACCGUUAUGGGUCUCAUGUGGGCGGGUAUGGAGCGUAACAUCGCCAUGAUGAUCGGCAGCGUGCCCGCUCUACGACCACUAACGACGCCAUUCAUGAAGCUGACCUCGGAAACGAUGUCAUACUUGGGAAUUCGGUCUUCGUCUAAGACCCAAUCGAGUUCUGGGGUAAAUGGGUCUGGCUCGUUUCCGAAUAGGUCGGGUAAUAAGUCGACUAAGCAUUUGCCUACGACGAGCAUGGUUAUGGUAGCCAUGAGUGAAAAACAGACACGAUGUGUCAAUCUUCCUGACACGUACGAGACAAGUCUACCUGAGGCGAGGGCACGGGCGUCCAAGGAUUAUCGUCAGCAUGUUAGCGGAUAUAACUGGCGCCUGCCAUGCAUGACGAACGUUGACGGUUUAUUAUCCACUCGCGGUGGCCUGAAUGUCACUCAGGUGCUUGGCAGGAUUCCGUCCCAUGUGCUGAACCCAGCCUUGCAUCGCGAUGAGAUUGAUUUGUCCAUGGCGGAGAACCAGUUGGCAAAAGUGGCCAUCGAGACAAUUCUGUAUUACGAGGGUUUCUUCGGUGAUGCAACGUUGCUCGACCUCCUGGCGAGUACUGUCAAUACUCACUUUCGCUCCCAUUCCCAGGUAGCAGCAGAUAAUAUCGCUGUGACAGCUGGGGCAGCCGCGGGUCUAGAUGCUAUUCUGUACAACAUUUGUAACCCGGGUGACGGUGUACUUGUCCCAUGUCCUUACUGGAAUGGAUAUGAUGCACUUUUCGCCUUGCACUCGGGGGUCCGCCCCGUCGGUGUUGUCGUACCUUCCCUCGAGGACUCUUUCGGACCGGCUCUCCUCUCAGCGCUUGAAGAGUCGUACGAGAAAGCAUCUUGUCCGAUCAGGGCGCUCGUACUCGCUAAUCCACACAACCCCCUUGGUCGACCCUACUCCCGAUUAAUUCUAGAACAGUGCAUGGCGUUCUGUCAGCGACGGAACAUCCAUCUUGUUUCAGAUGAGGCAUUUGCCUUCAGCAGCUUCACUAGCCCGGACUUUACGAAUCCGGAACCCUUCAUCUCCUGUCUAAGCAUUGACCCAUCUCGUGUCGGAUGUGAUCCGCAACGCAUCCAUGUCGUCUGGAGCAUGAGCAAAGAUCUCUCCGCGAGCGGCGUUCGACUGGUACGUUCACAGUUACCCCUAUUUCUACUUCCUUGGAUCAAUAGUCGAGUCCUGACCAAGGGCUGCGUCAUCACCCGCAAUAGGCCCCUCAGGGACGUCGUAGGACUUGUGGCGUCCGUACAUGUAUCGGUGCUGUCGACCGUUUUUGCCAAAGAAGUGCUCGCCUCACCACAGCUGCCAAAGCUAUUGACACUCAGUGCUACCAGAUUGGCAAAGGCAUACUCAACUCUGACAACCGCAUUCAAAGCCACUGGUAUUGAGUACUUCCCGAGCUAUGCAACAGUCUUCGUACUCGCUCGGUUGGCCCCUAACGCAACAGCUUGGGACGAAGAGAUGCUCGCCUUACGCGCGUACAUGCAGGCAGGCGUAGCAGUGGCGCCAGGGAGAGCAUAUCACAUGGCCGAGAGGCAGAAAGGGUGGAUGCGAGUCACGUUUGCAGUUUCCAAUGAGGAUUUGUCGGAGGGGAUUCGAAGAACUAAAACAGUUUAUGUGAGUUUGUUAGCAGGAGGUGUUAUACUAUGA